AUGUCCCGAGCAUCAGACAGGUGCUAUCCCUUCUUUAAAGUCCUCAGAGGAAACCAAGGCUUUGAUUGGAGUGAAGACUGUGAGAAAGCUUUUCAGGAACUUAAGCAAACAUUGGCAUCUCCUCCUAUUCUCACUAGGCCUGAGCCUGGUGACACCUUAUUUUUGUACCUGGCCGUAUCUCAAAACGCGGUCAGCGGGGUCUUGGUGAAAGAGGUUAACAGAGUCCAACAACCUAUCUACUAUGUAAGCAAGGCCCUACUAGAUGCGGAAACGAGGUAUACUUUGGCGGAACAACUUGCCCUUGCUUUGGUGAUAGCAGCACGAAAACUCCGGCAUAUACUUCAAAAGCCGGACGUUUCAGGAAGACUGAUGAAAUGGGCGAUCGAGCUAGGAGAAUUUGACAUCGAAUUCAAACCACGCCCAUCUAUUAAAGCCCAAGCACUAGCCGACUUCAUUGCAGAACUAACCCCUAGGCCUGGGGGGCUAGGAGAAAGCUUGAGCAUGAGCACCAGUUUGGACACUUGGCAAAUUUUUGUAGAUGGAGCAUCAAACUCCUCGGGCUCGGGUGCUUGGGUCAUCAUCAUCAGCCUUGACAAACAAACGGAGAUUCAAUGUACUCUUAGGUUCGAGUUUGAAGCAACCAAUAACGAGGCCGAGUAUGAGGCCGUCAUUAUUGCUCUGGAGCUAGCCUUUAGCCUUGAGCUCGAGUUCGUGAAGAUAUUCAGCGAUUCACAACUGGUGGUCGGACAGAUUGAAGGAUCAUUUGAAAGGAAAGACGAGAAAAUGAGUUUGUACUGUAUGAAUGUUCAGGAUCUUCAACGAAAAUUCAAGAGUUGUGAAAUUACAAAAAUUGCUCGAAAGGACAACGAAAAAGCCGACGCAUUAUCCAGGCUUGUGUUCAUGGGGAUAGACAACCUGGACAGAACAAUUCACAUCAAAGUCAUCACAGAACCCAGUAUCAAUCAAAUCCCCGAUGUCAUGGACAUUGACAACGAACCAUCUUGGAUGGACCCAAUCAUAGAAUUCAUCACAAAUGGAAAUCUACCAAGCAAUGCCAGGUUGGCUAGAAGCAUCAGAGCUCGAGCUCCUAGGUACUGCAUGAUCGACGAUGUCCUCUUUCGCAGAAGCAUUACUCUUCCAUACCUAAGGUGCCUCAGACCAUCAGAAUCAUCCCAGGCCCUUGCUGAAGUUCAUGAAGGUGUGUGCGGGAAUCAUCAAGGAGCCAGGGCCCUAGCCUUUAAACUCAUACGAUAUGGGUACUAUUGGCCAACUAUGAAGAAAGACGCCUUAGAAUAUGUUAAGAGAUGUGAUAGAUGCCAGAGCAGUAGAGUAUUUCACAAAAUGGGCAAAGGUCGAACCUCUCGCCACGAUAUCGGAGCCCAAGCUAAGAGCCUUCACCUGGAAGUUUAUCAUUUGCAGAGCAAUGGUCUGACCGAGGUUACAAAUCGAAUCAUAUUACAAGACCUCCGAACAAGAAUUACCAAUGCUAUGGGUUCUUGGUCCGACGAACUGCCUUCUAUACUGUGGAUGUAUAGAACAACUUAUAGGACAACCACAGGAGAAACCCCUUUUGUGUUAGCCUAUGGCAUUGAAGCAAUGGUCCCG